AUGCGGAAAACCAUAGCGACAUGCACGGUAGCCUCAUAUGUUCUGCUGCUCGGUCUCAACCAGCUAAUGAGCCAGUACACUGCAUGGGAAACCUAUCGCAAGAAGCAUUUGGCGGGGCUGAAGGCUUAUUGGACAACCGAAGGGCGUGAGCCUCGGUUUGCCUACGUUCAAUAUGCGACCGAUUUCGACUAUUUGUGUAAUGCGGCCGGCACAAGCCGCGAGAAGCUCGCCCUCACCAACGUUCGGAAGCAAUAUCCGCACCUUAAGCUGCGAGCGGUGGAGGUGAUAUCGACUUCAACGGGCGACCCGACAUGGCACAAAAGUCUGACCAAGUUCCAAGCGUUCGCCCUUACCGAAUACACGCGCGUGCUGAUAUUUGACUCUGAUUCUAUGGUGCUUAAUAACAUGGACCACUAUUUUCUCUCACCUCCCGCCCCUGUGGCGGUUCCACGGGCCUAUUGGCUUAACGGCAAGGAUGAGAACAUCAAAGACCAUAUUCUCGGAUCGCAUGUCAUGCUCAUCGAGCCGAACGAGGGAAACUACCAUCGUAUCAUAAAUGAGGCGAAAUUGUCAGGGGACUUCGACAUGGAGGUGUUAAAUAAUCUGUUUCGCGACUCGGCGAUGGUCCUGCCUCAUCGCCGGAUUGCGUUGUUGACAGGCGAACUUCGUGGCCAGAAUCACGAUCGAUACAUGUCAGAGGAUAAUGACGAGGAGUGGAAUGCUAUGGCGGAGGUUUCGCGGGCGUUUCUUGUCCAUUUCAGUGACUGGCCUCUGCCGAAGCCGUGGUUACCGCACUCAAAAGUGCAGUGGGAAGCUGCACUACCAGCUUGUCGCGAUGAUGAUGUGAAGAUGAUUAAUAGGCCAAGAUGUGCGAAUAGGGUUAUGUGGGCCAGUUCUAUAAGGAUUAUUAUCAUGAUCAAAAGGAGAUAUGCCUCCCGCUGA